AAAUCCAAACCAACCAUGUUCUGUAAAUUACAAAAUUCUCUAAAAACCGUCAGAUAUGCAACAAGUGCUUAUGGACAGGCCCUUCGGCUUGUCAGCAGCGAUGCAGCAGAGCUGGUGCUAGUCAAGGAGGCGAAUGGUGUGCGAGAGAUUACACUGAAUCAUCCUCGCACCCUUAAUUCUCUAUCGAUGGACAUGAUGUGCGCACUACAGAACGCACUGGUGAAGGACAAGGAUGAUGUGAAACUGCGUAGUGUCGUGCUCUCGGCUACUGGCAAAAUCUGGUCAGCCGGCCACAACCUCAAGGAGCUGCACGGCAACCCGGAGAUACAGAGGAAUGUCUUCCAGAAGCUCACCGACAUCAUACGCGACAUACAGCUGCUCCCCGUGCCGGUGAUAGGCAAGGUGAAUGGUUAUGCGGCUGCUGCUGGCUGUCAGCUUGUGGUCUCGUGCGACAUUGUGGUUUGCUCCAAAACCAGCAAGUUCUCCACGCCGGGCGCUGGCGUAGGCGUAUUCUGCUCGACUCCCGGUGUGGCCAUUGGCCGUGUGAUGUCGCGUCCCAAGUCGGCGUACAUGCUGAUGACUGGUCUGCCAGUUACUGGAGAAGAGGCGUACAUUUCUGGCAUGGUGUCCAGGGCGGUACCAGCGGAGGAUCUUGACCGGGAGAUCGAUGAGAUAACUGGUGCCAUCAAUGCGAAGAGUCGGGCCGUCAUUAGCCUCGGCAAGGAGUUCUACUACAAGCAGCUGGCCAUGUCUCUAAAAGAGGCCUAUUCGGCUGCGGGCCAGAAAAUGGAAGAGAACCUGCAGCUGGGCGAUUGCCAAGAGGGCAUCGCUAGCUUCAUAGAGAAGCGUGCACCCCACUGGAAGCACGAGUGAUAAAUAUCCUAAGGAUUGCCUUUGAAACGAAACUGUGCAUUUAUCUAGUUUUAUGUAAUAUAUUGUUGAACCACUUGUUGUGCAGAGCACUGAAUCGAGUUAUAUGAUAGAUCUUAAGUUGAAAGUUCUCGCCCAUCAAAUCCCACACAAAGUAGCUCCUUCGCAAUGAAAUAAAACGAAAUCUCGUGCUUUCAAAGUGCUCA